AGCCCGGCACCCGCACAACACACCAAGCUCCCCCUCCAUCAGUCAUCACCGGUUCCUCCAUCUCGGCCCUCCCCUCUCCUCUCUCCCCCCUCCUCCUCUCCCUCUCCAAACCCCAUCUACGUCGGCGUAGGGUGCGGGGGCUGGAGUUGGAGGAAGCAUUUGUGGAGAUUCUGUGGCGACUUCUACAGAUCGGCAGAUCCAUCUUUCUGGGUCGUAUCUUUGGGCGAUUUGAAGCAAGCCCCAAAUAGUUUGUUGCAGAAAGGAGCCGCUUUUGCGCUGCUCCAGCCUCUCUGUGAGCCUCUGCUCGUCGUUCUUGGCCUCGGAUCAUAUAUCCAUCUAGGAAAAAGAGGCCACCUUUGCAUUUAUUCUUUGGCCCCUUCGGAGAUCGCCCCCGUCAAGAUUUGGUGGGAACCCAAUUCGCUGCGAUUCCCUUGUGGAAAGGCGCCGCUUUGGUUCCUGUUUCCCCACAGCUCCCAACUCUAUAUAUCUCAAUCUCUUGUUCACCUACUUGCCUAACUUCCUUUUACUUCGAUCCACCAGUUUGUGCCGUCCACGCCUCGGCAUUCGAUAGCUUAUUGAUUUGACGCAAACCAGAUCAAUCUGUGGGCUGUUGCCGUGUUUGUUCCUGUUCUUGGUCGGAGGCAUGGCGGCGGCGAACGGAGGUGCCGGCGCGGCGCUCUUUAGCGAGGAGGAGCUGCGGGAGGUGAGCGGGGUGCGCCGGGGGGAGGACUUCGUGGAGAUGACGUGCGGAUGUACCAGCCACCGCUACGGCGACGCCGUCGGCCGCCUCCGCGUCUUCGCCUCCGGCGACCUGGAGGUCAGCUGCGAGUGCACGCCCGGCUGCCACGAAGAUAAGUUGACACCUGCUGCCUUUGAGAAGCACUCUGGAAAGGAGACUGCUGGAAAGUGGAGGAACACUAUCUGGGUCAUGGUUCAAGGAGAAAAAGUGCCACUGUCAAAGACAGCUCUGCUCAAGUACUACUAUUUGGCCCACAAAUCUGGCAAUGGUUCUCACAAAGGUCGUAAUGGACGUCCAUCUCACCGCGAUGAGUUCAUCCGCUGCACAAAAUGUGGCAAGGAGAGGAGAUUUCGGCUCCGGUCAAAAGAAGAGUGCCGUGUGUACCAUGAUGCUCUUGCCAAAAUCAACUGGACAUGCACAGAUUUGACAACUGAUAGGGUCACCUGUGACGACGAGGAGGAGCGAGCAAGCCGCAAGGUGCUGAGGGGCUGCUCCCGCGCCACCUCCUGCAGCGGCUGCAUGAAGUGCGUCUGCUUCGGGUGCGAGACCUGCCGCUUCAAGGACUGCGACUGCCAGACCUGCGUCGACUUCUACCGCAACUCAAAGGAAUGAUAGGAGGAUCUAACACCAUUGGUUCCAUUGGUCAAGACACCAAAAAUGGCCUCGGCCUUGCCGACCGAGGUCGUCGGCCUCGGUAAACAGGAGGCUUUAGCUAGCUCGCCCGGGCCAAUCGAUGCUCUCAGCAACCUGCAUCUUGGGACUGGGCAGGCCGUUAUUCUGAACAAUUCCGUUCUCUUUUUUUUUUUGAGAAAGAUUCCGUUCUCUAUUAUCCAUGGCUGUGGCAUUCACUGAGUAGGGAAGGAUGCCAGCCAAUUUUGCUACGUACGUAGCACAAUUUUACCAACACUACUUCCUGCGCGUUACUUGCAUCGGUUUAAGAUCCUAUAUGUGCUGUCUGCUUGGUUUUC